AUGACAGAACCCAGUUCGACGAAAACAGACUUAGCUGCGCCGGACAAUAUGACCGAGGAAAGACACAUCCGUCUACAAGAACUGAUCACCCGAGCCGCGGCAAAAGAUGCGAUCAAGGACUUCAAUGUGGCUGCGGAGCUCUAUUCUGAGGCAACGGAGCUUCAAGCUGAAUUAAAUGGCGAAUUGUCCCUCGAUAAUGCCGAUCUGCUGUUCUCCUACGGCAAAGCUUUAUAUAAUGUGGCUGUGAGCAAGAGUGAUGUCCUCGGAUCAAAGGUAGCUGGAGAACCUCAAGCUCCAUCCAGGAACGUACCUGCAAGUGGCAUCAAACCGUCUGCAAAAUUGUCUGAUGAUGACAACAUCAUCAAGAGUGCAAUCGCUGUUGAGGGUGCCAGAUCGGAAGUAUCCGCCGAACCGAAAUCCAGCUUGACGAAAACUCCUAGCAAACCAUUCUUCCAUUUCAGUGGUGACGAGAAUUUCGAGGACUCAGAAUCGGAGCCCGAAGAGGACAAUGAAGGUCCAGAUGGUGGUGACGAGGAGGAAGAUGACUUUGCCAAUGCCUUCGAGGUGCUCGACCUCGCUCGCGUACUUUACCACAAAAAACUGGCCUUUGAGGAGGAACACUGUGAGAAAGGGAAAUCUGCAAAUCUGCCACCUAACCUCAAGCAUAUCACGGAGCGUCUCGCAGAUACUUAUGAUCUGCAGGCGGAGAUUUCGCUCGAAGCAGAACGAUUUUCGGAUGCUGUUGCAGACCUCAGAACUGCCCUUGGAUUGAGGCGAUCAUUGUUUCCAAUGGAAGACCCUUCCGUUGCUGAGUGCCACUAUAAACUUUCACUCGCACUAGAAUUCGCCUCGGUCAACAAAGAGAAUGGAGAAUCCGCAAGAGGGGAAAGCGACGGGCACGACAAAGUUGACGAAGAUAUGAGAGAGGAGGCUGCAACUCAAAUGGAGAAGGCCAUUGAGAGUUGUCGAGUUAGAAUGGCCCAGGAACAGCAAAAAUUGAAUGCACCUGGUGGAUUAGACGAAGACAAGGCGACUGCUCUAAGGAGGAAGAUAGCUAACGUGAGAGAGAUCAUCGAAGACAUGGAACAGAGGCUCUCAGAUCUUCGUCGUCCACUUGUCUCGAUUGAGCAACAAAAUGACGGAAAUGAUGCCAUACUCAAGGGUAUUCUGGGCCAGAUUGUCGGUCAAUCUCCUGCUGAUCAGAAAGCACGGCUGGAUGCUGUUACGAAGGAUGCAAACGAUUUGUCCGCACUUGUGAAGAGAAAGCCCGGUCAAGUCUUAUCAGCAACUGAGUCUAGUCACAAACGUCCAACCUCAAGAGAAGCUGAGGAUGCCAGUAGUGCGAAGAAGCCACGCACGGAGCGCAAUCAUUGA